AUAUGGUAAUCGAUCCCCGAGUUAACCAAUAAAAAUGGUUCUUUUAUCCAACGCAGGAGUUCCGACUUAUGUUCCAAAUCGGAAAAGGAAAUCUCGAUUGAUCGUCGGUCUGAAGUGGGACGCAGAAACCGGCGCGCCACUAGCUACUCUCUUCGCUCAGGUUGCUCUGUUCGCCGCAUCGUUGUGUCUAAAGGAAACGAGAUUAUGUUCAGAAUACGACCACAGUGGAAUAAAAACGGCGAUCUUGUACCAUAUCUGUGCCGUCCUGCUAUGUUAUACGUAUCGGCUGAAUCGGCUAAGAUUCUUCCGUCGAAGAUGCGGCAUUAAGGUAAAUUCAACAGCAAACAUUAUAUGCUUGAUUCUUGGGAUUCUUCUGGAGAAGUUUUAUGAGAAAUCAUUGGCUAGCCUCUGUUUGGCCCUGAUCAUGGCAAUCUUGUUCUUGAUUUUGGUGGUGAUUGUACAACCGAGGACCGACCUUGGGUUCUUUGGUUUCCUAGUCGGAGCCACUGGAUCAGUUGCUUACAACCUCUUCCAACUCAAGCUCGGAACCUGGGUAGUGUUAGCCGUCUGCUUUGUACUAUUGGCUUUCAAGUUUUGGUUAGAUGAGAACUGGUUGGAGCCAGAUAUGAGGCUAAAACAUGACGAUCUUUUAGGGCGCAUCCAUCGACUUUUGACCCUCCCCGAUCCGUUUCCGGCUCCUGCUCCUGUAAUUCAAAGCAUUGACGCACUACUAGUAGCAGGUUUCUACGUUGUUUGGGCGUCUGCUUUUUUGAGCACCAAUUGUCUAAAUUCGGAAUCUUGCGCUUCAUGUUCUGCCAUGGAAAAGCUCAAAUAUGAGGCCAUUUACGUUGUGUGGUUGUCCCCUGCUUAUAUCCAUCGUGUAUAUUCUUUGUUCCAAGUUGAAUUUUGGGUACUUUGGCCAAAGACGAUGCGUUUUAUGAAAGCAAUACUACGGGUAAUGUUCCAGCAAGCUUGCUCCCUAGCAACAGAUACACGUUUGGCUCUGGCAUCAAAUAUUCUAACUCACCCUCGCCUACCACGAUGGAUAAGGUGGUUCCCACCUGAUUUCCCUUUUCUCAAGCUGAAUACGGAUGGGGCACUGAACUAUUCCUCAGGAAGAGCUAGUGCAGGUGGACUUAUUCGGGAUCAUGGCGGUCGAUGGAUUCAUGGUUUUGCUAUUAACAUUGGGCCACAAACUAGCUACAUGGCUGAGCUUUGGGGAUGUCGGAUCGGCCUUCAGCUAGUUCUCGAGCUGGGUAUUACUCACUUGGUUCUAGAAAUGGACUCGCUCUUGGCUGUACAGAUGAUACAGGCGAGGAAGGCCGGAGAUGGCCAAACUUCGGUGCUAUUGUUGGACAUCUUUCACUUGGUGAACUCCUUUGAGGUUUGCAUAGUUCAACACACGUUGAGGGAAGGCAACAUAGCAGCAGAUUUCAUGGCAUCUAUCGGACAAGAUCUCAACCACGGCACCACCUUCUUUCCGACUCCACCACCAGAUAUCAGCAGCAUCCUCCAUGGGGAUAGCAUAGGAACUCUAUUCCCCAGGAUUUAGCUUUAUCUAAGCUUCUUAUGUACCAAAAAAAAAUUAGGCCUUACUCCCUUCCUCGUAAAUUAGCUAUCAUAUUUUUUAAUUAUAAUUUUAUUAUUUUAAAUUAAUUAAUUUUUAUUUU